AUGAAAAAAAUGACUUAAACAAGAAAAAAGAGACCAUAGAAAUAUAAUGUUGUGGAUGACCAUAAAAGACAACAAAUAGUGGAAAAAAUAUUUCAGGAAAAGAUGAAAAUUAAAGAAGUAAUGUUAUAGAACACUAUUUAGGUUGCUUAAUUAUUUUAAAUUCCACUAUCGACUGUCAAAGCAGUAAAAUCAGUUUAUCUAAAGGAAGGAAGAAUUUAAAAGAAAGCAAAGAGGAACCGUUCCAAAAAGGUUAUAACAACAAUUAUUGUUGCACUUAUUGACAAGUAAGUUAACUUUGUAGCAUCAUGACUUACAGAAACAAGAUCCCCACAGAUGUGAAUGAGAUCUAAAAAUAUACUAAAGUGUUAUUUGGCCAUACAAAUUAAAAUGGGAAUGUGACUGAGUAGUGCAUGAAAUAAGGGAUAGAUUUACUUAUGUAGAUGUUGACCUAAAUUCGAAAGAACUAACCAUCCAUUGGUAAACAUUCCGCUAUGCUAUCAAAGUUAUUGAAGAAUUAUUAAUAAUAAUGUUAAUCAUUUGAUUGA